AUGCAACUCUCUACCAUCGUCGCCGGCGCUGCCGCUCUCUUCUCCGCCACCACGUCCGCCUCUCCCGUGGAAGCCCGCGCCACCAGCGUUAACAUCAACCCUUUCGCUCUCUCCUGCACCGCAACCCAGUGCACCUGGACCCUCAACUACACUCUCAUCCCCGAGAACACGGGCGCCGCCUGCAGCUUCGUGACGUCGGGCGGCACGAUCCCCACCACCAUCGGCACGGCCAUUGGUCCCUUUGCCUGCUCGCCGUCGGACCCCAACGUCCGCGUCCGCAUCCAGGUGGUCUCGGGCCAAUACCGCCUGUUGAUCUCCCAAGUCGGCUCGCCGACGUCCAACUUUGACUACUUCCUGCCGUCGUCUGACUUCCCAGGCGGUAAUAGCUACACGGGCCCGUCGAGCUUUGUUGCUCUGUGA